AAGAGAAUAGUGUGUUGCGUGUACUCAGUCGUUUCACAAAUACCGCGAGUGGUUUGUGUGUUGAGCCCGGCCGCGUUUUUUCGCGAAGGUAAUUCGUUUUCUGGGCGGAAAGUAAUCAUUUUUCUUUGAAUAAUAGAUCGUAUUGGAUAUGCGUGCGAGUUUGCAUAUCCUAUUAUUGUAAGUUCGUGCCUCGAAGGAGUAUAACGGUUUUGUUGAAGAAAAUCUACGCUCGUACGACGGUGGUGCCUCUCGGUCGAGUGUGUGUGACAAUCGCAAGCAAUGUAACCGUUCCGUGACGUCAGACACGGCUAAUCAAGUGCACACACGGACAGUAGAUUUGCGCACUCGCGCACAUCUAUACAUUGGCGACACGUACUCUCCACGCCGCACCGCGCCACGAUCGUAGAGAGCGUGUACGGGAUCGUGCUGCGCACGGAGAUAAAAAGAGAGGGAGGCAAGGAAAAUUGUACGGUAGCACCGCGACUGAUAGAGGAAAGAAAACGAAGGGCGUGGAGGGGAGAGAAGGAAUACGAGAACGAUAAGAAAGGAGAUACGACGAAGGUUGUCGAGGAGAAGAAACACCAAGGAGAAAGACAGAGACGAACGUCUCUCUUUCUCAUCCAUCGAAAGAAAGACAUGGGCGGACUUGAAACGACGAGAGAAAGGCCUUCCUUCUCUACAACUUCUCUUUUUUUCAACGAGGCUGAAAGUUAUGUCGGGCGAUGCCUCUCUAUGUAGAAUGCAUAUAUUUUGAGCUUCUAUAUAACAUAUAAGAGAGAAGUUUUUUUUUUUUAAUGCUAAUCGUUGAGUAAGAAGGACAAGAAAAGAGCAGUAGUGCAGGAGUGCGAAACACGGUGUUGUAUACGGUGUGUAUACGGUGUAUGUCGUCGUAGUGCUCGCGUGUGGUGUACUCGAUAAUAGGAGUAAGAGAGAUAGACGGUGACGGGAGUGGGAAGGAGGUGGGGGAAAGUCUUUACCGUGCUGCUACUGCUGCUGGUCAGUGGAGGGGAGAGCGCGAAAAGGAGAGCCGCGGUCGCGUCUCGUGGCGCCCCGCUGUGCUUUUCUGCAGAAAACUGUUGCAACCUAUACGGCUCCGUUCCAUCCUUCUGGCGUUAAAGGUGGACGUAGAAGAGGCUGAGAAGUGAAGAAAGUAACGAGAAACGUAUUUAAGAAUGUGCUCGAAAGAUUGAACGAUUGCGGAUUUUAAUAGGAAUGCACGUUGUGUUGUGAUAAAAAGAAACAUCCAAAGGAAGAACGUCUUUUUCGUGUUCGUUUUCGCGAAUUAAUUGUCUGAAGUGUGCGUUAUUUCGUGUGUGCGAGAAUCGAAGAAGAGGAGAGUGUACGACGUUGUCGUCAUAGUCGAUAGAGGCCGAUAUUUACGCGUGCGUCCGUUAAGAUAUAACUGGAAAAUGGUCUUUUCAAUGGAUGACGAGUGCUGUCUUUAAAUUUUAAACGAAAAAGACAAAGAGGAAGAGAGAGAAAAUCUUACAUCGUCUCUCUUCCUUUCUUCUUCUUUCUGUGUUGUCGUGUCGUCGUCGCGUGUGUUUUUAUUUUUUUUUCUCGGUACAAGAUUCGUUCGUGUUUGUUACUUGUGUAUGUGACUAAACCUUUUACGACGAAGCAGCACAAAGUUAGAGAAAGAGAGAGAGGGAGAGUUUUUGUGUGUUAGAGAAAAGUCUUUGGGAGGUGCCGUCUUCUUAUCCUGACAUGGAAGAACGAUUCCUAUUCCCGACAUCGAUGAGCAGCAUCUACGUCGGCCUAGCCCAUGUGAACUGCUGGACCCACUGUGGGCCAAAAUGAGCGCAAUCACCGGUAGCAUCGGUAAGAAAAGGAAGAAAUCGGAUGCCAAACCGCAAUCGCAGAUUAACAAGUGCCUUAACGAAAAACGACGACGUAACCAGGAGAACCUGUAUUUCGAUGAGCUUGCCGAGCUGAUUUCCGUCACGGACAUGAGCUCUGGCAAGACCGACAAAUGUCAGAUCCUUCAAAGAACCGUCGAUCAAAUUCGGCACAUCAGACAACAAGAGGGCUCGAACAGUCAUGCCGUGCAACAAGGGGAAGUAUCUUCGUCAAAUCCUAACAUACUGUCCAACGAUCAAGUUGGUCCUAUUCUAUUGGAGGCGUUAGACGGUUUCCUGUUCGUCUUAAAUAGCGAGGGACGAGUGGAAUACGUAACGGAUAACAUUAUUCAGUAUAUCAAUUAUACGAAGGACGAUGUAUUGGGAAAAGAUAUAUAUAAUAUUAUACAUCAUGGAGACCACAACACCUUCAUGCCUACGUUGUUGCCCAUGUCAUUAGGCUGGACGAGCGAGCCGCAGCCUCAAGCGAGAAGUCGUACUUUCGUUUGCCGCUUCCUGGUAAAGCCUCCCGAUGACAAAGACGAGACGAUGGAGGAGAAGCAACAAAGGGUAUCAAAAUACGAGUCAAUGCAAAUCUGUUCGUCUCUUUUGACAAGUAAUACCGAACGACUCGAGAGCGGUGAUGUGUCCUCCGAAUCCCCAGACGUUGGUGGUCCUUGCGUAAUGUGCGUAGCACGUAGAAUACCACCAAGCGACAAGUCCAUAAAUGUACCGAUCGAACAAUUCACUGUUAAAUUGGAUAUUACGGGCAAAAUCAUCGCGGUCGAUUUUAGUUGGUUGUCGUUGACUUAUUCCAACUAUCUGAGCAAGAACAUGAUCGGUACGAUGAUAAAGGAUUUGUGUCACCCUCAUGAUCUCAAUAAUUUAACUACACAUUUGAACGAUACGCUUCAAAUUGGAGAGAGUAUGAGCGCCGUUUAUCGACUGCGCGUUAGCCCUGAUAAGUUCCUUAAUAUACAAACGAAGUCGAAACUUUUCAAAGCGAAUGUGAUUAACGGCCACGAAUCGGACUUCAUGAUGGCCACCUGUUCCAUCAUUGGGGACAAUGACUUAACGCCUAUCGAGGGUGGUCAGCUUUCCAACAACAAAGUGUGCUCGGGACAUUCUAGUAACCGUUGUGCAAAUAAUAGUAAUAAUAAUAAUGGUAACAAUAACAAUAACGUGGGUGGUCUGUUGAUGUCCGUGGCACAUCUAAACGGUCAAGUGAGUGGUAUCAGUGGUGGUCGUGAAUUGACGGGGACGACGCACGUUGCUACGUCGUCAAACUCGAUCGCCUUUAGUACCGGCGAUUCUUGCAACUCAUUAGCCUCGCUAACUACGAGUAAUUCGUUCAACCACUUUUCCGGGAGCAUGGACUUGGAAUUCGAACCUUUCUUCCGCGGCUCGUCAUGGGACUUGGACGGUAGCGGUGGUUGGCCGGAAAGGCCCGAGUCGAGAGGAAGCGGGCCAACAGAUUCGCGACCACCCUCUCAGCCAGCCCCGACAUCGCCGAGUCCCCAGGGAGGAGGAACCUUUUCCUCUAAUUCAGCGGUGCCGUCUCACUGUAGUCCCCUACGCGCUUUCAGCCCGUCCUCUUCGGUCAACGCAGCGCACACCUUCAGUAAUUCCUUCCCGUUCAGUCCACUACAGGAAUCGCAGUCAUCCUCGACGUUGACUGGUAACAACGCUGCUGCAGCUGCGGCUGCCGCUGCUGCUGCGGCCGCGGCUGCUGCCUCGGCUGGCAACAACAACACCCCUGUCAACAACAACACCAAUGUCAAUACCAACGGUGCUACUUCGGUAGCCGUUGCUGCUGCCGCUGCUGCUACAGCACCGGUCAUUUUACCAGCUCUCAAUGCUAAGAGGAUCGAGGAAGGAAAAAGUGGAUGUCCUACCAGCGGUACCAUGGACAAUGCAACUGCCAGGACGAAUGCCUCAACGCCCGCCGAAACUCAAAACAGUGUCGUGUCCACUGAAUCUGUUAGACUUAGAAACUUGUUAACGAAAGGCUCCAGUGCUAGUGAGGAUAAUCAGGACAAUACGAAUAACGAUUCAGAUAACCAAAAUAAACACAGGAUAUUGAAAAUUUUGUUGAAUCAGCAAGACGAAGAUGAUUAUCAUUCUGAACACAACAACAAAAUGAGAACAAGUCCUAGUAACAUGCCAAAAUCGAAUAUGGAGCAUUCCAAAAACACUCUUGGAAAUCAUAUGCUUCUACAGUUACUAAAUGAUACAAAUGACGAGGAUGAGGAAGCCCGAGCUGGAUUGAAAAAGAGAAAUGAACUUCUUCAACAGUUAUUAAAAGAUCAAGAUGAAGAGAGAAAAAUACAAGAACAACAACAGAGCCGGGAUGACGAUCCUCUAUUACGGAGUCUUGGUUUUCGGAAUAGCACUCCUUCACCAUCGCAAUCAGGAAGUGAUCAUAGUGGACUCGGUAGUACUCAAGUCGGCCAGAAAAGACCAGGCGACGAUGGUGAUCUCAAUAUAUCCGUUAAACGACCAAUGGAUGGCUCGCAUCAGGUGUCUUCUUCGGGUACUAACGCUUCGACGAAUGCGACAAGUAAAUUAUGGGAAAAAAAUAAAAUGCUAGCUUCGUUGUUGGCAAAACAACCACCUCAACCAACGACCAUACCACCUAUUCCUGCAUCUGUGAUAUCGGCAACGCCGCAAGAUAAGCUUCCACGCGGUAGUACUGGUGGCGAUCGCUUAAAGCAACAUCAGUCGCAACAGCAGCAACAACAACAGCAACAGCAGCAACAACAGCAGCAACAACAACAGCAACAACAACAACAACAACAGCAGCAACAACAACAGCAACAGCAACAACAACAACCGUGGACUGGUGGCCACAUACAAACAGUUGGUGGGAAUAAUACGAUCACAACAACGGCUACUUCGGCUCGUACUCCUCUGCAAAACCAAUCAAGACAACUACCUCGUCAAGCAACCAGCAACACCUACCUCACUCACAUGCUAAGUCAGCAACAAAGGCCACAAUUGGGUCAAGUGGAUUCGGAAUUUGGAGAUAGCGGAGAAUAUCGUCAAUCGUGUACCGACCCAAGUACUUGGGAUAAUCAAUCGUCCGACCCAGAUCUCUCUGAGAUUUUGGAUCAAGUUAUUGAAUUUGUUCCGGACGAACCUAUCUCAGAAUCGUCUGCGUUAACAAAUCUCCUGGACGUUAUUGAGGCACCGCAAAACAAUGCUAUGAAUGAAAAAAUGGCAAUAAAUGCUAUUCAGAAGUCGUUGAUGUUAUGCGAAACUGCCGUAAAUCCAACGUCUUCCACCAUAACCAUACCUGGCACGCCUCCUGCGUAUUCCACUGCAUUGGUAACGACACCCGUGACGACCAGUCACAGUUACCAACCACCUCCAAUGUAUCAACAACAAGCAAGGAUGAGGUUCAAUGCUCAAUUGGUCGUUAGGCAGACUGCCACGCAGUUUACGCAACAGCAGCUUCAAUUACAACAGCGUACUAAAAUGAUACAACAGCAACAACAACAACAACAAUUGAAGCAAAGAUUACUGCAGCAACAACAGCAGCAACAAUUGCUCAUCCCAUCUAAUGCAACGGCGACAGACCAAAUUACAACAGGCAUACACAAUAUUGAUAAUCUAUUAAAUAAUACUGUUGCGCCGAAUGUAUCUUUACAGCGAUCGAGCGUCCCUGACUCCCAAGUAUCUCCGAGUUAUGGGGGAUCCGUCCAGAUUAGUUCCGGUCACCGAAUCGCUCAUUCGUAUUCUCACCCAUCGACGUUACCACAACAUCCCAUUGUGAAUAAUAAUUUUAACAGCGGUCAACAAGUGUCAGCAGCUGCGAGACUCUCGCCGCAUUCUCCUGCCAAUAUAUUGUCCUUUUCUCAUCCGCAACCAUUAUCACCUCGAGUAGCGCCAACCACUUAUGGCACCACUCCGAGGCUAUUUAACGUUAACCAGGUGAGAUCUCAACAACAACCAACCGCGCAACAACAACUUCAGCAACAGCAGAGGUCGAUGCCAUCGCCUGGAACACCAGCCUCUGCAAGGCAAUCUCCGUUUCCCGCCGAAACAUUUCCCCCACCUACAUCUCCUACAGCUAGCCAAUUUCCACCUGGUCCAAAUCCUGGUGCUCCUAACCCUACUGCUCAGUAUCGCUUGCAACGGACUACAUCGACGCCUUCUGCCACAACUCAGUUGCCAGGUGGGGUUGGUUCGCCCCGACACUAUGGCGGAGUGAAUAAGGAACAACCUCUUCUUUCACCUAGUCAUCCACACUCGGGUUGCCCUGCAGCACCGACUCAUAAUCCACACAAUGCCACCAAUACCCAACACUUCUCGAAUCAACAACAUUCUUCUAUGAUAUACCACACGAGCGCCAACACUAUCAACACACCAGACAUGCAGAACAAUCAGUUCUGUUACGAUCGGACGUCCGUACCGCUCUAUUCUUCUGGGGAUACGCAGGAUGUCAGGUCACUGCCUCCCGGUAAUCCUGUCAAUCACCACAUGGGUGGUAACACAAGUACAACUGGCGGUGUGAACGAAUACGUUCGGCAAGAAUUAAGGGCUAUAGUUAAUUCAAGAACGCAACAACAGCAACCGCAACAACAGCAACAACAACAACAACAACAAAGGGUACCCAACAAUAUUCCUAACAAUCUUUCUGCUCAAGUUUCUCAGGACGAUUUGGAAGCACUUGGUUUGACAUUUGAAAUGUCCACUGCAGGUGAGACUGUGGUUAAUGAUGGCCCCGCCAAGAGCUGGGCCAUUGGGAGUACCGGAAGUGCCCCCUCAUCCUCCAGGACUACUAUGGAGGAAGCGGUACGAGGUGAUCCUAAUAGUCCAUCGUUGCUACAAAAGCUGCUGUCCGAGUGACUGCGGGUUACUACUACGCUGUUGGACGGUAAAAGAGGAUUAUGUGUGAUAUACGUUUGAAGAUGCAAGAAGAAGAAGAAGAAGAAGAAGAAGAAGAAAACAUAAA